AGCAGGCGCCUUGAAACAGAGGUGCCUGUGAGCGUUUCUGGAGCCCAACUGUUCUCCCACAGGGACAGACAGAGCAGACAGCAGUCACCAUGGAGCCCCCCUCAGCUUCUGCCCCCAGAUGGUGUGUCCCCUGGAUGGGCAUCCUGCUGGCAGUCUCACUCUUAACCUCCUGGAACCCACUCGCCACUGCCAAACUCUCUAUCGUGCUGACCCACGCUGCCGAAGGGAAGAAUGCGCUUCUCCCUGUCCGCAAUCUGCCUGAGGGUCUUGUAGGCUAUGCCUGGUACAAAGGAAGACAUGUGAACAGCAACCAUCAAAUUGCAUCAUAUGUAAUAGAACGUCAAGAAAACACUCCUGGGCCUGCACACAGCGGUCGAGAGAUAAUACACCCCAAUGGAUCCCUGCUGAUCCACAAGGUCACCCUGGAGGACACAGGAUACUACACCCUACAAAUCAUAAAGAAAACUUUUCAUAAUGAAGAAGUAACUGGACGGCUCCACGUAUACCAGACAAUGGUAAAGCCCUCCAUCUGAGCCAGCAAUGCCACAGUCACGGGACACAAGGACACCUUGUUUCCGAUCAGCCUCCCAGAUGACAGUGGGAUCGCCAUCCAGUGGUUCCUCAGUGCCCAGCAUCUGUGGCUCAGGGAGGGGAUGCAGC